GGACUACGUAAGAGGCGUCCUGGGUUCCCAUAGCAACAGUGGCCGUCCAGAAGCCGGAAGAAAUAACUUGCUGUUGCAAACAAGUCUCUCGAUGAAAAAACCACCCAAAAUCAACAUUUCAUCAUGUCUGAUCAGAGGGAGCAAGUUCCAGUGCUGCCCUCAACUUCAAAACAAGAGAACACACAAGUCAAAGAUGUCUCCUUAGUGCCUGUUAGCAACAACAGUAAAGAAAUCCCUGAGUUAAAAGGCAAACCAAGUGUGGAAGUUCAUUCCAAGCCUCUUUCGAGACCCUUGCAACGCGAUUUCAUCCCAGAAGAGAUAUUUGUUGCUUUGACUUCUGCUGCCAAUCCUGUCCAAUGCCCUACUUUUUUAAGACCACCCAGGAAAACAAGAAAUUUAAAAGACUUUCAGGGUUGCAUCCGUACAGCUGAUGGAGUCUGGCAACACCCUAUUCGUAGAAAUAGAUUUCAAUACCUGAUACAGCAUCCCAUCUGUUUGACUGGAGCUGGAAGGGAUGUCUCUUUUCUGUAUGAUAUCAUCUCUCGAAAAGAAUCAAAGAUUCAUUCCUCAGGUGUUGUACCUCAUAAGACUCCGAGAAAUGUGAAGCAGGGCGCGAGUGCAGCUAAACUGACAACAAGCAUAGCAGACACCCUUAUUCCAGAGGAAUUUCAUAUUGUAAAGAAUAGAGGUGUCCUAGGCUUGGAAUAUUAUGAUGAUAAAUAUACAACUCUGCUUGAAGAUGAGGAAAACAGGCUGCGGGUUUUCCCAUCCAUGAAGCCCUCUGGGAGGCUGGAAGUUCUCCAGCUGAUGAAGGUGAUGGAUACCAUGCUGGAAAAGGCUGGAACAAAUGAUGAGGAUGUUGGAGUAACAGGGCUUUCACAGAUGCACAGUGCCCUGGAGGUGCUGAAGGUGGAACAGAACAUCUACAAUAUUGUGUUUCAUGAAAUCAUUCGACAAGUCAGUGUGGAUUGUGCAGAACGAGGAGAACUCCUGUCUAAACUUAGACAAAGAUAUGUUGGAUUGCUAGAACGAAUUCCCAGACAGAUGAGGAAUCUCUACAAAGAAAUGAUGGCACAGAGAGUAAUGGACAAACACAUUACAGAUGAAUUAUUCCAUUUCAAGGAAGCUAUAGGACAGCUGACAAGGGAACUAAAUACUAUUCGAGAACAUGACCACAGAACAACCUUUGAAGCAGAAAAAGCCUAUGAGGAGCUAGCAAAAGCAGUGCAGGAGUCUGAGAUGAAUGCAAAUCUUUUAGAUGAAUAUCGUGAGCUGUACGAAUUGCAGAGAGCAAGACUGGAGGCUCAGAUUCACCAGUUAACCCUAGAAAAAGAACUGUGGAGCAGUGCUACAUAUGAUAUAGCCCUAAAGGUAGUUGAAAAGAACAAGCUGAUCCUAGCUCGCAGAAUGUAUGACAGUGAAAAGGCUUGGGUGCAAGUGAUAAGGCACUUCGUAAUGCUAUUAGAAUCACAGGAUACUACUGAUCUUUCUAGUCUACAGCAUUUUACACAGGAAUUCCGGGAGCUUUGGAGGAAUAUUGAUGUACAGGUGGAGCAAGUUGAAGAAACUACAAAAGAAAGGAUAAGAAGCAUUCAGAAUGGUUUGGCGGGUUGGCUCCAUUACUUCCAUAAUCAUGUUUUUGGAAAAGGAACUUAUACUUUUGAAAAGGGAGCUACUUUGUUGGAACAAGUCCUUGUGGAUCUCAAGGUUUGGGAAAAAAUGUUAAAUGAUGAGUUGGCACAGUAUGGGGGAGAUGUGCUUCUGUUGAGACAAGAGCCCCUCAAGAUAGCUAUCAAAUUGCAGAAGCAGUGGGUUGAUCUGGGAGUUGCUCUGCAUGGCCGUCACAAAGAUCUCUAUGGCAAGAUGCCACCUGAGUUGAAAAUGCUGGAAGAAGUCAAUAAAGACUGCAACCAUCUCAGUGAACAGUACCGUACAAGAAUUAAUGGGGAAAAUGGAUCUGCCAAAAUUGUAAUCACUUUAGUGAACAGUUUGGAAGAAUGGACAUUCAAGUUGUUAGCCAGCAAGCAGAAGGUGGGAUUGUAUGAAGCUGACUGGAUAAAAUUUUUCCAUUCUGUUUCUGAUUGGCUGGUCCAGUUGGAUGAUCUGCAGAAAGUCACUGGUACCUGUGAGACUCUACAGGAACGAAAGCUUAGAACAUUGAUCCCUUCCCCGGUGAUACCUGAGGAUAUGUUCAAGAAGAUUCAGAAUUGGCUUCUGACAACCACCAGUGGUUCUGAAAGAGAAAAUAUUCAGCUUUCUCGGGAGUUGACUGAUUUCCACAAUGUUCUGAACAAAUGGAUGGUCAACCUGCUGAUCCACAUGGUGCCAGAGUACACCUGUUCUGAUACUAUCCCCUUGACCGACAUGGAAAUAUCAGUGCAAGCACAACGCAAGAUGCUUGAGACUUUGAAUCUUGAAAAAGAAGCAAUGGGUCUGGCUGCUCAGAUGAGCCAGCUUUCCUCUUAUCUAGUCAGUUGCUGCAAAGAAAUGGUUUCAGCUGCAACACGUAAGAAACUGGCUAUUUCUGACUCUGAUGCAGAGUAUGAACUGCAACAGUUAGAGAAGAUCAAGACAGAGUGCCUGGAUUGGAUUGAGACAUGCAACCUUAUUUUGUCUGGAAUGAAGGUGUCUCCCACCAAUUUAAUCAGCCAAGAGGAGCUUGUACAUUACUUUGGAUUAGAGGUGCUUCAACCAAAACGAAAGCUCCCACCUCACCCAGAGCAAACCCUGGAGAGCGCCUCUUCCAUUCAUGCAGAACAAGCUCCGGAUGAACUCAAGAUAACGGAAGAAGCAGGUUCUGAGCAAAGCCUGGAAGAGAAGCAUGUGUUGGAAACACAGGAAAAGCCACCUGUGCCUGGUACUAGCAGUGAAAUGGCAACUGAAAGUGCCGAGAUUGAUUAUCAAAUGAGAUACAUUGCCGAUGAUACGAAUGUGCAUUGCAAGACCUUGACUGCCGAAAAAAUCACAGUCUCAGGGAGAGAGUUUUUUGCCAGCCAGUGGACCACUGAAUUCUCUAAAAAGGAAUUUCAGAUGCUAGCUUCACUAGAAAUUCUGGAGGAGCGGCUUAUAGAAGCUGAGAAACGAGCCCAACAAGCUGAGGAAAAAUCAGAAGCCCUUCAUGAGGAGUUGGAGGAAGCUCUGAAAAAACUCCAGGAUCUGGAGGAUGAGGAACCAGAGUUUAAAGAUUCUGUUAAAAAAGCAGAACAAUCUGAGCCAGAAACUCCUCGUAAGAAAGCUGACAAAGCCUCAGCGUCUCCUCAUUCGAAAUCAUCCACUCCCCGACCUAAGAAACCAACCAAAUCCAAGCGCUGAAGAAGAGUGUGGCUGCAAGAAAUCCUUUGGCUCCUGGUUGUUAUUAAUUUUGGCCACAGUAUGAGGACUGCCUAUCCCUGAAAUACAAAACUACAUGCAGUUCUUCUAGUUGUUUUAAUAAGGUCUAGGGAGAGGAGUUAAAUGAAGAUUCUAAAAUUGUUUCUCAUUUAUUAUUUAUUUAGAAAACUGUUAACAUCUAGUUUAGCCUUGCUCUGACAUUUUUAUAUCUCCACCUACAUAAGCUGCAGAUUGGGUUAAGAAUAUUUCAGGGAACCAUAUGCAACUUUUAUUAUGCCCUGUUUGUAUUACAGAGUAGAUGUUUUGAAGUAUCCUAUAGCAUCCGGGAUGUGGUGUCAUAUUUGGAAUAAUCCCUUUGCCUCUUCCAGAGCCUCUUGUACAAGGUGCUGAGAGUGAGGGAUACCAGCACUGCACUCCAUACAGCCUUGUCUUAGGAAGACUGUCUUAAAAAAUGAGGGGAAAUGAAGCUUUUUAGGAAAAGAGAAAAAAAGACAGCAUUCAUUUUAAAGAUUCCUACACACUGCCCUCUAUUCAUAAAAUGUUGGA